AUGGCUGUCCCGCAGAACAUGCGGGUUUACGCCAGCAUCGCCGGUCUGGUCGUUGCGGGGGCGUUUCUCUUCUCGGGCGACAUUCGACAGGCUUGGUGGCUGUUGGUGCCGUGGUUGGUAUUCGCUACCUGGCAACAAUGGUCGGCCUUCGAUCUUCCAGAACGGUUCAUCACCUCGAAAACUUCGGAGGCGGUGUUGUGGUUGUUGGCACUGGCUGCGGUCACCAUCGCACUGGUUGCCCAUCGACCGAAUAUCGAUGACUCGUACUAUCUCGCACUGGCCACGGGUGCGGCCGAUCAUCCGGAGUGGGCGAUUUAUGGUUUCGACCCGAUGUAUGGGACCGACGCACAGGCGAUGCGUCCCCCUUAUUACCGUGUACUUUCGAUUGAACUGUUGGCCGCCGCGGUGUCGUGGUUGUUUUCGAUCCCUUCGAUCUUCUUCAUGCACAUUGUUUUCGCCAGCUUCGCGGCACUGUUGAUUCCGCUGGCUUCCGCCCGACUGCUGAGAUUACUGAGCCCCACGCUGUGGUUGUGGUGCACGGUGGCGUUGAUGGUGUUCUUGGUUGUGGACGGAACUGCGCCCACCUCCUAUGGCAACAUGUCGCUGGUUCGCAUUCAUCAGGGGAAGUCGCUGAUGCUGAUGGUGGUGCUGCCAUUGACGGUGGCAUACAGCCUGGAGUUGAUGCGAGGGGGCGGGCUUCGCAGUUGGGUGUUGUUGGCCGCGAGCCUCAUCUUCGCCCUGGGGUGCAGCCCGACGGCGAUGGUGCUCUUUCCUGCGGUCAGCGGCUUAACCCUGCUCGCCGCAUGGCGACCUUCGUGGGAGGCCACCAAGCGGUUGCUGGCCGGCGUGGCCACCGCGAUUUAUCCCGUGGCGGUCGCCUUGCUGUUGAUUCGCCUGGCUUCGCAAUUGCCGGUGGUCGAAAGCAAUUGGAAAGAGUCGGCCGGCGACGCCACGAACUAUGCGUACUUGAUGAACUACAUGUACCUGCAGGUGUUUGGUGGCGGACUGUUCGGGGCACUCGUCUUGUGGAUCAUCGCCGCGGGGUGGGUGUUCUUCGAAAGCACGAUCGCCCGCCGCGUUGCGCUGCUACUGUCGUUGGGUUGCCUGUUGGUGUUCUACAAUCCCUGGAUGGCCAUGGUCGCCAGCGGGCAUCCGUCAUUGAUCUCAACGUAUUGGCGGGUGCUGUGGAUCAUUCCCUUCCCCUCGAUGCUGGCCAUGACGCUGAUGGCCGGAUUGGCGUUGUUGGGGCCAGGUGCCCGCUUUGCCGAACGGAUGGGCGUGUUUGUGGCGGCGAUAGUGAUCUUCGUCGUGGUGUUCCCCGGGCGUUCUGCGUUGAGUGCAGCGAACAGCACCGAAGUUCGCCCCCCGGGUCUGAAGGUGGAUGAAAACUACGCGGUGGCAGAACGCCUGGCCGAGAUCGCCGGGGAGCCCGAUCAGUUUAUCGCUCCCGAAGGCGUCGCAGGUUGGGUGACCACGAUGCAUCAUCACCCGUUCCCGCUGGCGAAUCGAAUUCGAUAUCUGCGAGCGUACGGUGGCAAUGUCUCGCGUGAUGAGAUGCUGCAGCGGUUCUAUUUACAGCGCUACAUCGCAGGUGAGGUUCGACUGGAAAACGCGGAAGAAUUCUUCCGCGCCGGCCUGGUAAGCUACCCGCAGUUGAAGGCGGUGUGCUUGUCGACCGAAGCCGAAUGGCUGACCGAAGCCGAGGACAUUCUUACCGAGGCCGGAGGCGAAUCGGUGAGCGACCCGAGCGGAGUUCAAUCAUCGUCUUCUGGUGGGCGGAACCGGUUGAUCGCCUUGUGCACCUUGGCGUUGGCCGUGUUGGUCACGCUGCCGCCGGCGUUGUUUCCUGCCGAGCAGGUCAUCAAAAAGUAUCGGGUGUUGGAUACCUCGUGGCAGUUGAGCAUGCCGAUGCUGUUGGGCGAGGGGAAACUCAGCGGGCGUGAUUUUAUCUACACGUAUGGUCCGGUGUAUCAGUUCACCCAGUCGCUAGGGUUGGUGAUCCCGCCGGGCGAUUUGGCUUCGGUUUCGCGGUUCCGCAGUGUGCCAGAACAGUUGAUCGUGCUCUUCACGUUGUGGUGGGCGCUCGGUCUAACGGGCGCUUCGGUCGGUUAUCGCAGCGUUGUGUUCUUGCUGUGGUGCGUGUUUCUGGCUGCCCCGGGGGAAUACAGUGCUCUGCAGAUCAAGCCGAUGGCCGGAGUGCCUGCGGCGGCGCUGUGCGGAGUGUUGUUGGGGCGGCGUGUGGUGAAGAGUGCGGCGGCCGGAAGGAUAACUCUCUGGUUGGUGUGGGGCAUUGGCCCACCGUUGCUCACGCUUUACUCGUUCGAUUUUGGGGUGAUCUUCACGGCCACCUUGCUGGGAACGGCAAUCGUGCAUGCGAUUGAUGUUCGCUACUUGGAAAGCACUACUGCCCGACGGAGUUGGGUUGAUGCCUUGGGUGGGGCGGUGUGCAGUGUGCUUGGCAUGUUGCUGUUGCUUGGUGGAACGCAGUUGUUGCCCGGGUGGAGCAACUACACGCCGCACAUGUUCGAGUUGGUCACGGCCUACGGUAACGCCAUGGCCUUGGGGGCCAAGCCGGGAGCGCUGGUGACUUUGGCUCUCGUGUUUUGUGUUUGUGGCGGAUUCUUACUGUAUGCCCUGUGGCGUUCACCGAAACCUGAUGCAGAGGGCGACACUUCGUUCGCCACGCGGACGGCGAUGCUGGCCGUGGCCUGCUUCAGUCUGUUGAUGGUUCGUUAUGGGCUGACCCGAACCGAUUGGUUUCAUGUCUACACGGCCAUCGUUCCCGCGAUGUUCCUCUUCGGUUGCCUGUUGCCUGCGCGGCUGUAUGCGAAGCAAGAAACUGCAAGUGAACCGAGCACAUCCGAAGCAGCUUCCGAGUCGAACGAAGAGGCAACAUCAAAGAAAGAGCCGGCCCCGCUCGCACCUUAUGCGUUGCCGGUGGUGGUGUUGAUUGUGCCGAUGUUGAUCGGACCGUUGGCUCCGGCGUUUGUUCCUGGCUGGAAAGUCAGGCUGGCUGCGAUGUCGCGGUUCAGUCCUGCGGCGGCAGAGAUCAAGAUUACUGAUGAGACGCUGGCCGAGGCCACCGCGGCGGGCGGUUCGUUGCCGAAUCAAUCGCUGUUCGUGUGGCCGUUUGGCGUGGAACUCAAUCUGCUGGCCGGAAAGGACAACCCUUCUUACACGUUGCAAAGUGCUGAAGGGGCGAUUGGUGGGUUAGAGCAGGAGACCCUCACCCGCUUGCAGGCCAGCGAAGCUGUGGCCGGGCUGUUGUAUCUCGAUGCGGGCACCGACACGAAUCUCUCGCGCACGUCGGAGAUCGUUCGAUACCUGCUCGACGGAUAUGAACUGUCCCACGCGCCCCAGCCGGGGUUUGCGUUGUUGCGGCCGGUCUCGCAGGAAGGGACGUGGACGGAGACUGAGAUUGAACUGCCGGUACCGAAGCCGGCGUUCGUGCCGGGGCAAGGGACGGCCAUUCAGAUUCCGUUGGAAGGGGUCGAUUGCCGGGUGUCGGAUAUUCUGGUGGCCGAGAUUCAGAUCGCGAAGACUUCGACCUUUCCGGUGGGAAAGCCCGGGAUUUGCUUCGCGGUGUUGUUUCUAGAAGAUGACACGCCGCUUCCAGUCCAACUUCAGGUGCAGCCCGACGGGAAGAGCCACACGGUGCUGAUCAGUGGGCUCGACCUGACCGACCCGCGAUGCCUGUCGCACUUCGUGCCCGAGCGCACGUGGCGGACGACCGAACGGGUGAAGAUGAUUCAGAUCGGUUGGCAACCGCACGAUGUGCUCUCGAAAGCCCCGGCCGAAAUUCGCCUCGAACGGUUGGCAGUGCUUGAGCGCGAAGGUGCCGAAACCAAAGACACGCCACUGGCCGAGGAGGAAAACCCCGAGGUGUGGGAGUGGUGUUUCGGUCCGUUGCCCGCGGUGCCGCAGUAA